ACCAAAGAAGAAGCGGAAGAAUCAUGUCCGGAGCACGGAGGGACUCUCCCGAGGAGUCAUUAUCAGAAUAACCCGAGUUAAUGCGUCCAUCUGCAGUUGUCUUGUCUCUGUUUGACUCUUGGGUCGGUAGAAAAUGUCCAGGUUUCAGGAUCUUGAAGAUUUCUUCAGCCGGCGGCUGCUCGCUGCUGUUAACGGAGACCUCUCAGGACGAUCAGCAACAUCUGUGUAUGAAGAGGAGCUCCAACGGCAAAGAAAACUGCUGAGUGUGAUUUUAAUGCCUGAAAUCAAACUGAAGAGAGCAGGUUAGUUCACCUUCUUCUUCUUCUUCCGGAUUGAAACUGUGGAUUGGAUGUUGUGAUCGUUGUUCCGUGUUUGGUGGAGCUUCAUCUUAUCAGUUUUAGUGUCUGUUUUUAGCUCAUUACAGUGACUUAAAACUCAAACUUUAAAGCUCAACAGAUGAAACUCAAACAUGACUUAAAAAAGGCGCGAAUUCAACCCAUGUAUCAUUCGUUCACUUGUUUUUCAAAAUAAAACCAAACGUUAAAAACAAGAAAUGACGCUCAUCUAUUUCCUAAACAUGGUUAAGAAAAAAAGGAUACCGACUCGUUUUCCCAAUAUGUUGCGUUCAAAUACAAAAUGGAAAAAUCGGAUAACGACAAAGUUUAUUCAAUUGUUCCACAUCCGACUAGAACAAGCUGCGUGACCCGGAAGUGAUGCUCCGUGUCUUUUUUGUUGAUUGAAUAUCACGGUUGGAAAUAGAUAUCAAACAUAGAAAAAGGACUGUUUUAUUUUUGUUUUAAAAUAGAAACACCAAAAUAAUGAACUAAAGCUUGAUUUUCUUUUCUGCUGUCUGGAACGAGUAAGGAAAAGUCAAAGAACAGUUCAGUUUCAAUCUUUUACAGAUGAAUAGACACAAAUCGAAAAAGUGCCCUUAUAUUUGUUUGCUACUGGUGGAGGAGAGAUCCAGGUGGUGGCACGUAGUAAGCAGUUUUAGUAUUGGGGCCACAGUGAGAAAAUAAUAUUUUCAUACAAAGUCAUAAAAUUACAACAAUAAAGUCAUAAAUUGACAGGAAUAGAGUCUUGAAUAAACAAGAAUAAAAUCAUACAUUUACAGGAAUAAAGUCAUUAUAUCACAAGAAUAAUGUCAUAAAUCUACAAACAAAUAUAAGGGUAAUUUUUUGAUUUGUGUUUUCUGCUUUAUUCCUUUGUAAUGUUAGAAGUUAUUAUUAAAAAUCAAACCAUUAUUUGACUUUUCUUUACUCCUUCCAGACAGCAUGAAAGAAAAUCAAGCUGUAUUUCAAUUUUGGUGUUUCUAUUUUAAAACCAAAAUCAAUAACCAGUUGUUUUUUCUAUUUUUGAUAUCUGUUUCCAAACCUUAGAUCUAGGCCAGGAACAAUGACAAAUUUUGUGGGAUGAUAAAAGCAAGAAUCUCUAUCCAAAGUUUGUCUCCAACAUAGAUGCCAAGCUUAUCUUGAUGUGUCUUUCUGUACUUUGGUGUUUCUUGCAGAUGUCCAGCAGCUGUCAGUGAUUAAAGAGGAACCUCUUGAGCUCCAGGAGUGGAGCCCUGAUCAAAACCAAAAGGACACCAAGCACAUGCACAUUAAGGAGGAGGAACUCUGGAGCAGCCAGGAGGGAGAGCAGCUUCAAGGGUUUGAGGAGGCUGAGGCCACCAUGUUCCCAUUCACUGCUGCCAUUGUGAAGAGUGAAGAGGAUGAAGAAAAACCUCAGCCUCCACAGCUUCACCCAAAACCAAUUCAAAAGAUGGAAACAGGAGAUGAUGGAGAAAUCUGUGGAGUUUCAGAACCAGCUGGAAACUCAAAUCCUGUGAGUGAUAACAGGUCAGAAGACUCCUCUGAGACUGAUGAUGAUGAUGAUUGGAAGGAGACCAGAGAGGAUCAGUCAGGAUUAAACUCUGGGAAAUUAAUGAAAAGAAGAGGACAGAAAACUGUCAUGAAAUCUCAUCCUUGCUCAGAGUGCGGUAAAAGAUUUUCACUAAAACAGCAUCUGACCAGACACAUGUUAGUUCACACAGGAGAGAAACCUUUCAGCUGCUCUGAGUGUGGUAAAAGAUUUAACUGUCAACGGGCUCUGAAAAUACACAUGGUAGUUCACACAGGAGAGAAACCUUUCAGCUGCUCUGAGUGUGGUAAAAGAUUUUCACAAAAACCACAUCUGACCAAACACAUGUUAUUUCACACAGGACAGAAACCCUUCAGUUGUUCUGAUUGUGGUAAAAGAUUUAUACAAAAACAUAAUAUGGCCAGACACACGUUAGUUCACACAGGGGAAAAACCUUUUAGCUGCUCUGAGUGUGGUAGAAGAUUCAACUGUAAAGAGCAUCUGAAAAGACACAUGUUGAUUCACACAGGAGAGAAACCCUUUAGCUGCUCUGAGUGUGAUAAAAAAUAUUUUAAUAAAAGGUCUCUGGCCAAUCACAUGUUACUUCACACAGGAAAGAAACUUUUCAGCUGCUCUGAGUGCGGUAUAAGAUUUUCGCAAAAAAAGAAUCUGAACAGACACAUGGUAGUUCACACUGAGGAGAAACCUUUCAGCUGCUCUGAUUGUAGUAAAAGAUUUUCAGAGAAACGGAAUAUGACCAGGCACAGAGCAAUUCAUACAGGAGAGAAACCUUUCAUCUGCUCUGAUUGUGGUAAAAAGUUUUCGCAAAAAACACAUGUGACUAAACACAUGUUAUCUCACAGGAAGGAAAAAGGAAAAACCCUUCAGUUGGUCUGAGUGUUGAAAUAAAUUUAGCCAUGGUUUACAUGGUAUGUCACAUGGAUCAGUCAGGAUUAAACUCUGGGAAAUUCAUGAAAAGAAGAGGACAGAGAACUUUAAAGAAAUCUCACAGCUGCUCUGAGUCUGGUAGAAGAUUUAACUCUCAAGAGGCUGUGAAAAUACACAUGGUAGUUUUCACAAAGCAGCUUCAGGACCUUUUCGACAAAUCUUUAUUCACCUGCUCACUCAUAUGAAUGCAUGAAAACUGACAUUUUAAACCAUGAUUACAACGACAAUAACAACAACAAAACCUUUUUUGUGUUCCAACAUAAAUCAGGCUGUAACAGAUAUCUGAGAGAUGCAGAAAGCAGGCAUGGAACCAUAAAGUUAAGACAACCUUCACAGACUUUCUCCUUCCUCUGAGCAGUGCAGUAUUAAACCUGAUCAUUGCCGAGGCUUGUUAAUAAACUGACCUUACACAGCACUAGUGUGUGUUGAAGAUAUACAUUCUUACUCCAAAGUGUGAGACGGCCAAAUCCUGUUUACAAUACUGUCAUUCACAUCUAAACGGGUCACCAAGGCCAGAUAUAGAGUUAAUUUACAUGAGAGAUAAAUGUGAAUCCAAAAUACAAACACAAAUAAUAUAAAAUGUUUAUAUAAAACAUAAGUAGGAACAAAAACACAACCAAAGACACACUUGUAAAAGACUUUUGAACUUAAAUUCAACAUUUUCAGGCAGUGAGAAAUUACUUUGGCAGAGAAGAAGGAAUGAAAACGAACGGUUUUCAUUUUGGUCUCUGUAUUACUAAUUCCACUUGAAUCAGAACAACUUUAUCGUCUGUUUGUGAUGAUGAAACUGUCUAAAUGAUCAUGUUUGAUCUAAACAUGGACCAAAGGGAAUUGGUAGUAAAAGUCAUUCAAAAACAUGUUGUAGUUUACAGCUAAAAGCGUGAAUUCUUCUCCUGAAUUCACUUCAGAAGAACUGACUGUGGAUGAAUAUUUCUUCUCUGAGGGUUUGGCUCUCCACGUGGUCCGCUGUUGUGAUCCAUCAUGAGCUGUUAUUGAGAAUACAAGCAGCUCGUUCUACAGAGAUUCUUAAUAAAACUCCAAUGCUCCAAUAAUGAGGAACGGUACAGUCGUCCACACACUCCUGAGCGCGUUCAAACACACGGUAGAUGAUUACACCGGGGCUUUUCUCUACAGAUAAUAAUGUUGUUCCUAAUAUGGUAAAGAGCACCAAAUGAUGCUAUGUAACCAUAGUAACUGCCUCGCUCGCACUUAGAAAACCUUUAGAGUUUUCCGAAAACCGUGAACGCACCAUGCUUUUAGGCAUCCGCGCGUACUUACAGCUGGAUCAGAUGGGUGCGUUUGUUUUCUUUCACAGCGGAACUUGUGCGGACGGCUUCUUGGAGACAGGACCAUGGUUCCCCCAUAGGUUGAAAUGAUUUUCUUCUAGAUGAAUGUAUGCAUCGAGUAGCAGUGAAUACAGACUGUUUAAUACGUAUUUUAUGUGAUUUAGUUAUAGUUUAGCUCCAGAUGUAAAAGUAACACCAUAAUCUCAACAAACGAGGUUGGUGUCCUGAAAGGAUU